CGUGACAUGACGUGUAAGCAGCAUGGCGGCGUUGAGCUGAGGUAGCGACUCACUGACACAGAUAGCACUGGAUUUCGUUAGCUUUCCGUGUCACCUGCCUAUUCGCAGGGCCGGGCCGAAGAUGACGGCCUGAGAGCGGGACGGGAACGUCACCGAGAGAUGCAUCAACCACCACAGCGGCCACCACCGCAGCAACAACACGCACAGUCGAAGGCGGAAAACAGUAAAACCAAGAGCAUGUUUCUGUCCAGGGCGCUGGAGAAAAUCCUGUCCGAUAAGGAGGUGAAGAGGAGCCAACACAGCCAGCUGCGCAAAGCCUGUCAGGUGGCGCUAGAUGAAAUCAAGGAUGAGCUUGAGAAGCAAAAAGAUGGUACCGUGGUUCCGCCCAGAGCCAACUACAUUGAGGCGGACAAAUAUGUGCUGCCCUUCGAGUUGGCCUGUCAGUCCAAGUCCCCCCGGAUAGUUAGCACUUCUCUGGACUGCCUGCAGAAGCUGAUCGCGUAUGGCCACAUCACAGGCAACGCCCCGGACAGCAGAACCCCAGGCAAGAGGUUGAUCGACCGGCUGGUGGAAACCAUCUGCAACUGCUUCCAGGGCCCGCAGACCGACGAGGGGGUCCAGCUACAGAUCAUCAAGGCCCUGCUGACGGCGGUGACCUCCCCCCACAUAGAGAUUCAUGAGGGCACGAUUCUCCUCACCGUCAGGACCUGCUACAACAUCUACCUGGCCAGCCGCAACCUCAUCAACCAGACCACUGCUAAAGCCACGCUCACACAGAUGCUUAAUGUCAUCUUCACACGCAUGGAGAACCAGGCUGCUCUGGAGGCCCAGGAGCAAGAGAAGGACCGUUUGCGUUUGCCUCAGCAGAACCCAUCCCCAGUCCCGAGUGGACGGAGGUCUGGCUCACCCCGGUCUGAUCGGACGCCCACCCCGGAGCCCCAGAGUUCCCCGUCCCCAGCAGCCAGCACUCCAGACCUCACAGCUACAAACACCACUAGCUCUUCCACCCCCCCACCCCCAGCCCCAGACCAGGACAGAGCAUCAGAGGCGCCAUCCAUCAAUGGGGAUCCUGAGUGCAGCGGUACUCCAGUAAAUGGAGGAGCAGAACAGGUCACACCAUCGAGAGACUCCGUUUUUGAUGAUGAAGGUGCAGACACGCCUUCAACAGUGUCUCAGGCAGCUAAGGACGUGGAUAGCAAUCAAAAUCCAGCUGAGUCAGCGGAACCUGAAGGGCAGGGGGAUCCUGCACAGAUGAAUCCUAACCCAGCCCACCCUGUGACAGAGCAAACCGAGGUGGCGCCUCCAAGAGUUAGAACAGAGGGGCAACAGAUGAACGGCAUCAUUGAAGACCGCUCCUCUGUUUCUUCAACUGAUAUGCUGGAUGCUGAGACCCUGCAGGGACCCCACAGUGCUGCCCGAUUCUCUCACAUUCUACAGAAAGAUGCAUUUCUAGUGUUUCGCUCAUUGUGCAAACUCUCUAUGAAGCCCCUCGCUGAUGGACCCCCAGACCCAAAGUCCCAUGAGUUACGGUCCAAGAUUGUUUCCCUGCAGCUGCUUCUUUCGGUGCUGCAGGGCGCUGGGCCAGUGUUUCGUACUCAUGAGAUGUUCGUCAACGCCAUCAAACAGUAUCUGUGUGUGGCGCUGUCCAAAAACGGUGUGUCCUCUGUGCCUGAAGUCUUUGAACUCUCACUGGCCAUCUUCCUCACUUUGCUCUCUCACUUCAAAGUUCACCUGAAGAUGCAGAUUGAGGUGUUUUUUCGAGAGAUUUUUCUGACUAUCCUUGAGACAUCGACCAGCUCCUUUGAGCAUAAGUGGAUGGUUAUUCAGACUCUGACACGCAUUUGUGCAGAUGCCCAGUGUGUGGUCGACAUCUAUGUGAAUUACGAUUGCGACCUAAAUGCUGCUAACAUCUUUGAACGUCUCGUCAAUGACCUCUCGAAGAUUGCUCAGGGUAGAAGUGGACAGGAGCUGGGUAUUACUCCUCUGCAGGAGCUGAGCCUACGUAAGAAGGGUUUGGAGUGUCUAGUGUCCAUCCUCAAAUGUAUGGUGGAGUGGAGUAAAGACAUGUACGUCAAUCCAAACCUGCAAGCUAACCUGGGCCAGGAGCAUCCGUCUGAUGGCGAGGGCAGCGAGCUGAAGCUCCCAGAGCCGCUAGCGGGACGUCGAGACAGCAUAAGCUCGCUGGACUCCACCGUCUCUUCCAGUGUUCCGGUUUCUCAGGCGGACCACCCAGAGCAGUAUGAGGUUAUCAAACAGCAGAAGGACAUCAUCGAGCACGGCAUUGAACUAUUUAAUAAGAAGCCAAAGCGAGGUAUCCAGUACCUGCAGGACCAGGGCAUGCUGGGUUCCACAGCCGAGGACAUUGCCCAGUUCCUACACCAGGAAGACAGACUGGACACGACUCAGGUGGGAGAGUUCUUGGGUGAAAACAUCAAGUUCAACAAAGAAGUGAUGUACUGCUAUGUGGACCAGUUGGACUUCUGUGGACGGGACUUUGUCUCAGCACUCAGAGCGUUUCUGGAAGGCUUUAGGCUCCCGGGUGAGGCCCAGAAGAUUGACAGACUGAUGGAAAAGUUUGCUGCCAGAUACCUGGAGUGCAACCAAGGUCAGACUCUGUUUGCCAGUGCAGAUACUGCUUAUGUGUUGGCUUAUUCAAUUAUUAUGCUCACCACAGAUCUACACAGUCCUCAGGUAAAGAACAAAAUGACAAAGGAGCAGUACAUUAAGAUGAAUCGUGGUAUCAACGACAGCAAGGACCUACCUGAGGAAUAUUUAUCCUCUAUAUACGAUGAGAUCGCAGGCAAGAAGAUUGCCAUGAAGGAGAGCAAAGAGUUUUCUAUCACUCCAAAGUCCACUAAGCAGAACGUAGCCAAUGAAAAGCAGCGUCGCCUGCUGUACAACAUGGAAAUGGAGCAGAUGGCAAAGACAGCUAAAGCCCUGAUGGAGGCUGUCAGCCACGCUCAGGCUCCCUUUUUCAGUGCUACACACCUGGAGCAUGUCAGGCCCAUGUUCAAGCUGGCGUGGACCCCACUGUUGGCAGCGUUCAGUGUUGGACUGCAGGACUGUGAUGACCCAGAGGUGGCUUCACUUUGUCUGGAGGGCAUCCGAUGUGCUAUCAGGAUCGCCUGCAUCUUCAACAUGCAGUUGGAACGGGACGCUUAUGUCCAGGCCUUGGCCAGGUUCACCCUGCUGACAGCCAGCUCCAGCAUCACAGAGAUGAAGCAGAAGAACAUCGACACCAUCAAGACUCUCAUCACUGUGGCGCACACUGAUGGAAACUACUUGGGCAACUCCUGGCACGAGAUUCUGAGGUGCAUCAGUCAGCUGGAACUUGCUCAGCUGAUCGGGACAGGAGUGAAGACACGCUACAUCUCAGGAGUGGUCCGGGAUAGGGAUGUGGGCAUCAAGGGCCUUCCCUCUGGCACAGAAGAGUUCAUGCCCCUGGGACUGGGGAACCUGGUGGGAAGUCAAGACAAGAGACAGAUGGCUCACAUCCAGGAGUCUGUAGGAGAAACCAGCUCUCAGAGUGUGGUGGUAGCUGUGGACAGGAUCUUCACUGGUUCCACCAGACUAGAUGGAAAUGCAAUCGUGGACUUUGUGCGGUGGUUGUGUGCCGUGUCCAUGGAUGAGCUGGCCUCAGCGCACCAGCCGAGGAUGUUCAGCCUGCAGAAGAUUGUGGAAAUCUCCUACUACAACAUGAACCGGAUCAGGCUGCAGUGGUCUCGAAUUUGGCAGGUCAUUGGAGACCACUUCAACAAGGUGGGCUGUAACCCUAAUGAGGAUGUGGCCAUCUUUGCUGUGGAUUCACUAAGGCAGCUCUCUAUGAAGUUCCUGGAGAAAGGAGAGUUGGCCAAUUUCCGCUUCCAGAAAGACUUCCUUAGGCCUUUUGAACAUAUCAUGAAGAAAAACAGAUCCCCCACCAUCAGAGACAUGGUGAUCAGGUGUGUGGCUCAGAUGGUAAACUCCCAGGCGGCCAACAUCCGUUCAGGUUGGAAGAACAUCUUCUCGGUGUUUCACCAGGCGGCGUCUGAUCAUGAUGAGACUAUAGUGGAGCUGGCCUUCCAGACCACUGGGCACAUUGUCAUGAACACCUUCCAGGUGCACUUUGCAGCAGCUAUCGAUUCAUUCCAGGACGCAGUGAAGUGCCUGUCAGAGUUUGUGUGUAACGCAGCUUUCCCUGACACGAGCAUGGAAGCUAUCCGACUCAUACGACACUGCGCUAAAUAUGUCUCUGAAAGGCCACAGGCCCUGAGGGAAUACACCAGUGAUGACAUGAAUGUUGCCCCUGGUGAUCGGGUUUGGGUUCGUGGCUGGUUUCCCAUCCUGUUUGAGCUGUCCUGUAUCAUCAACCGCUGCAAAUUGGAUGUCCGAACCAGGGGUCUCACAGUUAUGUUUGAGAUCAUGAAGAGCUACGGCAACACGUUUGAGAAGCACUGGUGGCACGACCUCUUCCGAAUCGUCUUCCGCAUCUUCGACAACAUGAAGCUCCCAGAGCAGCAGACAGAGAAAACCGAGUGGAUGACAACAACUUGCAACCAUGCGCUCUACGCCAUCUGCGAUGUUUUCACCCAGUUUUAUGAGCCUCUCAGUGAAAUCCUGCUGGCUGACAUUUUCACACAGUUACAGUGGUGUGUGAGGCAAGACAAUGAGCAGCUUGCCCGAUCAGGAACAAACUGCCUGGAGAACCUGGUGAUUCUGAACGGGGAGAAGUUCAGUCCCGAGGUCUGGAACGUCACCUGCUCCUGUAUGCUGGAGAUUUUCCAGACCACCAGCCCUCAUGCCUUAUUGACUUGGCGACCGGCUGGGCAGGAAGAGGAAGUGGCUGAUGGCAAGCACUUUGAUGCUGAUUUUGACAGCCAGUCCCAGAGCAGCUACGACAGAGCUCUGUCUGAGAGAGGACACAGCCAGAUGUCAAGUGACGACACCUGGAAGGGCAAGUCCAACGCAAGGGUUUCAGACCAGAAGCUGUUUGCUGGGCUGCUGAUUAAAUGUGUGGUACAGCUCGAAUUGAUCCAGACCAUAGACAACAUUGUGUUCUACCCAGCAACCAGCAAGAAGGAAGAUGCUGAAAACAUGGCUGCUGCACAGCGAGAUGCUCUGGAAGAGUCGGAGGCUGAAGGAGGCGAUUCGGCUCCAGAACAGGGUAUGUACAGAUACCUGACCUCUGCACACCUCUUUAAGCUGCUCGAUUGUCUGUUGGAAUCGCACACCUUCGCCAAGGACUUCAACUCCAACAACGAACAGAGGACAGCGCUCUGGAGAGCAGGUUUUAAAGGGAAAUCAAAGCCCAACUUGCUGAAGCAGGAGACCAGCAGUCUUGCCUGCAGCCUGAGGAUCUUGUUCAGGAUGUACUCAGACCCUAAACUGCAGGACUCAUGGCCUGACAUCCAGACCCGCCUGCUGCUGGUGUGCAGUGAGGCUCUGGCCUACUUCAUCAGUCUGACCUCAGAGAGCCACAGAGAGGCGUGGAACAGUCUGCUGAUGCUGCUGCUCACCAGGACGCUACGGCUGACUGACGACAAGUUCAAGCCCCAUGCGUCCUGUUACUACCCCCACCUGUGUGAAAUGAUGCAGUUCGACCUGAUCCCAGAGCUGCGGGCCGUACUCAGGCGCUUCUUCCUGCGCAUCGGCUCCGUCUUCCACAUCGCUGCCCUUGAAGGAGGCCUGUGUCAGCUGCCUGCGUCCUAGACUGUCUUCAUGCAGGGACGGGCGGAGGGAAGGACAGAGGGGACAGAGAUGGAGCUGACAAGUAUUAGACUUUUCACCCCCUCUUUUGGAUUGAAGUGGUUUUUCGAGGGGAUACGACAUCGAGGACGAAGAUGAUGAAAACUGUAGCUUUUCUGUCUCAGUUCAGGACUGUGGUGUUGAGCUUUUCUACCAAAUGAUUCAUGAUGUAGAAAAGUCUGUUUCCUGUCCUUCCUUUCCUCUUUCUCUCGGGGAUGAACAGCACUGUGAUCGGCAACCUCUGCUGACUGUUGUCAUUCAUCACCCCCCACCCCCCCCAUGACCAGAAAGAACUGUAAACAAAUAAUUUAUUGAUAUUGUUCAAACCCUGUACCUAAUUCUGAUGUAUUUCUGUUGAUCUUUUGUUUUUUAAUACUUAAAAAAAAGUUUAUCUGAAUGCAGAGAGUAAAUUAUCAAUACCAUUGAAUUGAAUGAACCUUAUCUUUGCCCUUUGAGUAAAUCUCAUUUGGCCACCUGUGCCUGUUAGAAAACCCCCAUACGACACCCAUAUUGUGAGUUUGGUGAUCUUAUCAUUAUCUGUUAUAUUAACUGAACCCUCUGAGAGUAACUCCCUCUCUAAAGCAUUAUUUCACUUAAAUUUUAUGUUCCCAGUCCUGUCUGUGUUGUUCGAUACCCAGUUACAGCCACUGUUUUAGAGACUAAAACUCUCUGUGCAGGUGACCACAUCGUGCUCCUGUUACAACACAUAAUAUCAAAGAUCCAACACACCUUUGUGGCGUCUCUGCUCUUGGGGACACGACCGUCCUGUCAUGUUUAUUUUUGCCUGUGGAUGAGAUUUUAUGUAUUUAUUAUUUCGCUUAUUUGCUUUAAUUUGUUUUAUGAUUAUUGUUUUCUAAUUAAGUGCUGGUUUACAAUGGAAGGGUUGAUUCAAAGACGGUCUACUCUGCUUCUAUCUUGCAUUCCUACACGUGUUGACCCAGUAAGCCUUACACUACAGGUGUAGAAACACAGUCGACUCUCCUGCCUCCCCCCCCUUCCAGCUGGCUCAUAAACCUUUAAGUUAUCCAUCACUUGUCCCCGUAUAAUGACUUAGCGGGUAACUAUCUCUUUGCACAUCUGUUGCCAUCUGUGUCGAGACAGUUUGCUCAUGUAUUAACACCGCUCAGUGUACAAACUUACUCUGGAUGGCUGGAAUGCCUGUCAGUGUUGUGUUGCAUCAAACAGUAGACUUCAACCACAGAGGCUUUCAGGAACGGAGCAAAACCAAAGCUCACCUCUUCAGAGAUACCACCACAAUCUCUGCAUCCUGAAUCCUUUGUAGGUUAAUUCAUGCCUUUUUUAAAAGAAGGAUGUAUGUAGUUAUUUAAAGUGCAUUUAAAUAUUUUUUGAGAAGCAUUCCUUCCCUUGCAACUAUGGAUGUCUACUUUUCUUCCCUAAAGCUUAGGGGAUAUAUAAAUAUAUAUAUGUAUACAGUAAAUGAAAAAAAAAUUACAGACUGUAAAGUUUUCAAUGUAAGAUACAUAGAAAUGAAAGUGCUCUACAGUUCUAUACAUAAUAUUGUGCUGUAAUAUUCAAAGCAUUUGGUGAAGUAAUCAAUAAACCUGAAUUCUGAUCCAC